AUGGUGACCCCUACCAACUCCUCUGACACUCUAAUCACUCCUCUAUCCCCCGCCCACGUCUCACAAUCAACUCACAAGCCCACAACGAUGGUCAUGGAAAUGGACUUACUACCACCGGCUGAGUCCCCACCAUCCGUGGUCCCGAAACUUCUCCGUGAAGCCAGUGACAUCACAUGGCAAGAAUCCUUAGAAUCAAAAAAAGGCCAGGUUGUGCUAGUCCGGCGAGGCGGUCGAUUCCGCCUACUACACCAACAGCAAUUCAAAAACAGCUUACUCGCCAGUGUCGGGUACCUCGAGCUAGCCAACGCCGCUGACUUCGCUGCGAACGUCUGGAACCAGAUCCCCGUUCCGAAGUUUGCCGCUGUGCUUAUGGGAAUUGGUGGAACACUGGCCUUGGGAAUGGUACUGGUUGCUAUUCAUGACUUUCGGUUGAGCUGGACAAAUGUCAAGCUACUGCGAGCAGAGCGGGAUCAUCUGCAGCGUCUGCGGCAAUACCACGGCAAGAAUGCAGAGCUCACCCGGCUUAUUGACAGCCGACUGGGGGUGGGACUGCGUGAAAUUGGCACCGAAGUGAUCGACCGGAUCGUCAUGGAUGUGUUGAUGGGAUUCGGUUCGUUGUUGGUCGGGGUUGGCACUUUGAUGGCUAUUGGCGGUGCAAACCCUCGCGUCUUCAAAGCCAGUAAUCUGCUCUCUGGGUAUAUUGGGAAUGGUCUCGCUGCAGUGUUUGGCCUUGUAAAUGCCAUCUGGUCUGGCUAUCUCCUUCACCGAUUCCAUUCGCACGACAGCGCUACUUUUUCCCGCGAGCCCAGCGAUGAUAUCCGUCGCCGCCUACAUGCUCGGUUCCGUCGCUUCCAGUGGCAUGCUGGUAUUAAUGGGUUGAAUGGUCUUGUUGCCGGUGCUGCUUCGAUGGUUACUGCCGAGCGUUGGUGGGGGUACAUUGUCCUGAUUCCUUGCAUUAUUUCUUUAAUACUAUGCAACUAUUUCUGGCGGAAAAAGCUGGGUUAUGAUCGUCCACUACUGGGGCAUACAUCACCAACGGAAAUACAAGUGACCUCACUAAUCGAAGACCUGCAAUAUGUGAUUGUAAUGCAGCGCGCUCUCGCCGAUCUUGAACAUUCCCUACCACAGGCCAUUGUUCAACCCAAGUCCUUGGACUCAAUCCUUCGCUUCAUUAUCCGUGAAAACAUGUUCGAAACAUACUGCGAGUUCCUUGCCCGUGACAAAACCACCCGUGAUCUUCUUGUCGCAUUUCCAACUCUAAACACUUCUCCUGACCAAAUCACGGUCUCCUUCGACGCCCUCCUUCGCCUCCCCUCCGAGCACCUAGAUCUCAUUCUAGAACACGCAAAGCGAUUCCUUCGAACAACUGGUGUUCGUGUCUUCACAUAUCGUGAACGCCACCUGCUCGAACUUGUUGGUCACGCCGUCUAUCAGGAUCACAAAAAACAACAAAGCCUACACAAGACGGCACGAUAG